CUGUACUGGAGUCCCGUGCUGGACUGGGCCUCGGUCUUGCCUGGUGUCAUGCAACCGACUAUUGAAUAUGUGAUGGCGGCAGAAGACCUGAGAAUUCCCGGGGAGGGAAUUCUUAUAGGGGAUAAGAUAUACUCUGGAGUGACCUUAACUUUAGAUAACUGUCUCCUGCCACCGGAGCGACUACAGCAGAGUCCGUCCGCUGAACAUGGGCUCUCCGCGGAUACCGAGGAGCAGCUGCGAAUGCGGGGCUGUGAGUUGAUCCAGGCCGCGGGUAUUCUGCUGAGACUUCCGCAGGUUGGUAACAAUCUAGCUAACUAUUGUGCCGAAGUUAAGUAGAAUUUGCAUUAGAAGUCAGAGAAAUGUAAUUGUACAAGUCAAACACGAGACCAUGUCUAGAAUCAACAGCUAAGUUAAAGGCUCGUGUUGUUUACCAAUGAGGCAGGCCAGGCGAGGGAUUUAAAUCGUAGUUGGCUAACUAAUUGAUGAACGUUCUCUCCAGGUAGCCAUGGCCACGGGGCAGAUCCUUUUCCAGAGGUUCUACUACUGCAAGUCGUUCGUCAGACACUGUGCAGAGGUAGGACCCUCACUAUCCUGCUCUGUUUGGCAAAAGUCCUCUAUCAGACUUAACUCAAACAUUCAACCCUUUACUAUUUGUUCACCCUGUUGCUGUGACUAACUAAUCUCAUGAUGCUGUUUGUCCUCUUUCCCCUUCUCAAAAUAUCCAUCUACCUCCCUGCCCACCUCAUUCCAGAUGGUUGCAAUGGCUUGUGUGCACCUCGCUUCAAAGAUCGAAGAGGAACCACGGAGGGUACGAGACGUUCUCAACGUGUUCUACCACCUCAAGCACAGCAAAGGCAAAAGGUAAGGGGUUCUGAACUCCUCUUCCUGUUCCCCCAACCCUCUUGAGGUAUUCUGUAUAUCUCUAACCAUGUGUAUCUUCCAGGACCCAGGUCCCCAUGCCUCUGGAUGCCAGCUACAUCAGUGCCAAGGCUCAGGUGAUCAAGACGGAGAGGAGAGUGCUGAAGGAGCUGGGCUUCUGUGUGCAUGUCAAACACCCCCACAAGGCAAGCAGCAGACUCCUUACCUCACCACCUUCAAUACAUUCAGUGGCGCAUUUGAUCUAAAACAGGACAAUUGAUAACCACUGUGGCUUAGGCCCUGUUUGUUCUACUGGUUUGUUAUGAUUGCUACUCUAGGCUUGGAUUUGUAUGAUCAUGACAUGCCUAGUAAAUGCUCUUAUCAAAAGCAAUUUACAUUGCAUCUGGUCUUGGGAAUUCAUCCCUAACAGUUUUUGUGCUCCUCUGUCACAGAUCAUUGUGAUGUACCUCCAGGUGCUAGAGUGUGAGAAGAAUACUAAGCUGGUACAGACGGCUUGGUGAGUAUCUUGUUGCUAUUUUGUCUUUAUUUAGUUUAAUCAUUUCUCAAUGUAUCUCGAAUGUCAUAUUAGGAAGAGUUCUUAUUUAGCUAUUUUCACCUCACUCUCCCGCUCUCUGCUGCUAUCUGUUUUCUAGGAACUACAUGAAUGACAGUCUGAGGACAGAUGUGUUCCUGAGGUUCAGUGCUGAGACCGUGGCCUGUGCCUGUAUCUACCUGUCAGCCAGAACACUUCAGGUAGGACACUACAGUGUACACUCAUGUGCUUUAAAGAUGCUAACACAUAAGGUAUUUUACAGUAAUAUACAGUAAUAUACUUGUCAUUCAUACACCUGCACAUAUCAGCAUACCUACUACACAAACCAAGAUUUUAUCUAAGGACAUAUGCUCAAACAUGAUUAGCUGGUCUAUAUAGCUCCCAGAUAUCCAUAACAGCGACAUGACCACCUGUCUGAUUCCUCACCCUCCUCCCGUCUUCCCUGCAGAUCCCUCUACCGGACCAGCCCCCCUGGUUCCUGCUGUUUGGUGCGUCUGAGGAGGACCUGAGGGAGAUCUGUGGGCGGAUCCUGAGGCUGUACUCGCUGCCCAACGUCUCCCUCCCCAGUAUGCUAAAAGAGGUGGACCAGUGUCACCUGGCCCUGGACGCCCGCAUCGCCAAGGCUAAGCUGGUAGGAGGGGGACUGCUGACUGUGGGUACCCCUACCCUUGAUGUCCCCUCCAGCUUCUCCCCUGCCUCCAAAGCAGGUGAGACAGACACACACCGCUCACCCAUAGGGAAACACACUGUGUAAUAUGUGAUAUCCUAAUGUUUUAUCCCAUGCUUUUUUGUUUCUAUUUCCUUUUUUUUUUGCAUUCUGGCAUCUAUAAAAAAAAAUAUUAUUACCGUUUGUCUCAUGUGCUCAUCAUUUCCUUUAGCAACCCUGUGACUUUGGAACCAUUUCCUCCUACAAAGUUCCUUAUGCUUGUCUCUCUUUGUCCUAGCGUCACCUGCUGUACCACAGCCCAACAGGGAGUCUCCCCUAAAUCAAGUUGCCCUAAAGAAUGCCUGCCGGAAACUCACUAACGGAGACGAGUAAGUAUUCCUCCUCUACUGGAGUAUGGGGAUAUCUGUACUGAGUAUAUUUGUUGAUUGAAUGGAGCUGCUUUCCCUCAUGAAAUGUAGACUCUUCUAUUUUUGCUUUUCUCCUUCUUUUUUUUUCCUCACUCAGGAAGAAAAGAGGGAGCCGUAGUGAUGAGAGGAGAGGGACUCAGUCCAUGUCUCCUUCCAGAAGAAGGUAUGGAAGAAGCACUGUGCCUUACUCUGUUCCAUAUGGACUCCAUUUUGAGUCUCAGUUCUGAGACUAACUUCUCUCUCUCUCUCUGUUUCAGACGCAGUCGCAGUGUCUCUUCUCCUUUGUGCUCCGUCUCUCCCGCCCACCGCCAGAAAAUCAGUCGCAGGGAUAGAGCGAGAGAAAGGGAAAAAGAGAGGGAGCGUCGGCGGGAACGGGAGAAGGAGCGGGGAAGAGGAAGGAGAGAUGAAUACUCACGUAGAAGAUAGCUGUUAUCAAGGAAGAGCUAUGAGCGUUACCGUAAACAGCACAUCAUGGACCAAAUACAAGCCAGACUUUCCAAUGUUUUAACUUUUGUAGAUUGUUUGUAUUACAUUAUAAUUUGGGAAACUAUGCUCUAAGAUCAUAGUCCAAAGCUUUUGUCUGAAC